GUUUUCGGUUUAUAUGAUACUAGGGGUUAGCCUGCCCGUAUAAUAAAAACAAUUUUAUAUUAAUUUUAUGAAGCAUUUUAAAUAUAUAUAUUAGAUUAAAAACAAUAUUAUAAACAAAUAAAUAAUAAAUAAAAUUCUGAAAUCAUAUUUUUAUUGUUAAUAAUCAUUUUAGUUUGAAUUAAAGUGUCAAUAAUCUUUACUAUUCUCUAUUUUUUGGAGAAUAAUAAAAUUAGCAAAAAAAAUUUGGAAAAUGUAAUAUAUAUAUAUCUUCUUAUUAUUUUAUUUCACUUUGACAUAAUAAAAUAAAAAACUAAAAUUUAAAUAAAUAUUACUAUAUUUAUUUUCACGAAGUUUUAAAUUUUAAAAAACAUUUACACUAAUUAAUUUUUCAUGCAAAUAAAUUAUACUAAUUCCAAGAUAAAUCAGUUAAAUUAUAAUAAAAAUUUGAUAAAAUAAUGAAAUAUCAAGUUUAAAAUACUAUAUAAAUAGUUUAAUAAUAUCAGAAGUAAUAAUUAUUUUUCCAUUUUAAUAGAAAAUUAUAUUUUAUAAUAUAUAUAUUUUUUAGAUCAUAAUUACAUCUGGAAUGAAAUAUUAAUUCAUUUUUGUGUGUUUACUGGUUAUGUUUUGUAACUUAUUAUAGCUUAUUAGAUUUUUUCUUAUGCUAUUUUAAAAUGAGAAAUUGCACCGUACACACAAGACAUAUACGCUAAUUAGGUAAAUGCACUAUUUACAUUAUCGAGGAUGUCAGGAGGUGUUAGUUUUACAUUUCUAACCUUGCUCACUUCAUACUCACAUCAACCGGUUACCUACUGUUCUUGUAAUAUAAUUUACUUCUUUAAUUAUUUAUUUUUUAUUACCCAAUCCAACACGUUACCUUUUUUGUGUCAGGCACGUAGAUUUUUUUCAGUUAUCGAAACUCGGUUAUUGGCUUCGUAGUUGUGCAUAUCAAAAGUCUCUCACGUCAUCCCCUUUUAUAUUAAGUUCUGUUGAUCCAUUGUUCUACUUCAAUUCAACCAUUCUAAAUUAGAUCUCAAUUUUACACUUCAAUUCAAAAAUAAAUUCAGAUGGAUGGAAGCGAUGAACCUCCCUCUCCGCCCCCGUUUCCUCCUAGAAUGUUUGCGCUAGGCGAUGAACCUGUCGGCGUUACUCCUUACCACAAACCUACAUGCAUUCGGAAAAUUCUCAACGCCCUCGAACCAGAUGAAGCUCAGACUAUCAGGGAGACCCAGUUCGGAAAGCUUGUCGAAAUUGCAGACAAACCCUCGUUUUCUGGCCGGUUUGGUCGGUUCCUGUUAUCCCGACAAUUGAAGGUGGCGAAGAAGCACGAAGUUCGGUUUCUAUUUGCUGGCAAACCGGUUAGAUUCUCACAAUUGAAGGUGACGGACCGACAAUACAGGUGGAGAAGACAUGAUUCCAGUUACCGACAAUCGUGAGGCUGAAGAAAUCCGUGAGGGUGAUGGGACCGACAAUACAGGUGGAGAAGACAUGGAAAGACAUCCUCGUUAGUUUCAGAAUCGUCCAAAUUUAUAUUUGGAUUUUGAAAUACUAAUAUUAGCAACAAUACACUCCACACUACCUACAUUGCUACGACUGUACUUAGCUUCUAUUCAUAAAGAUUGCAG